AUGUGCGUAGAAGACGUUGAGAAGCUCGUGAAUGACCGACUUCGAGACUUGAAGACUGGAGGAAACUUCGAGGAUUCACUACGUAAGGAGAUGGACCAAGUGAACUCUACGCCUUUCACCCUCGAUAUCGAGCAGGCUGCUCACCCGAAGAGAUUCUCAACACCUUCAUUCACGCAUUUCAAAGGGGAUUUCGAUCCCGAGAGCCAUAUAAAGCACUUCAAAAGUAUCAUGAUCUUUUACAAGGCUAACGACGCGCUGAUGUGCAAGGUGUUUGUAAUGACCUUGCAAGGAGCAGCCCAAGACUGGUUCCACACCUUGUCAUCUGGGUCGAUCAGCAGCUUCAAGGAGCUAGUUUACGUCUUCACCAAAGAAUACACUUCUUACCGGAAGAUCAAGAAGAACCCUGACCAUCUGUUCAACCUGCAAAAGAAGGACGAUGAAUCCUUCCAAGAUUACAUCAAGAGGUUCAAAACAGAAAGGGCAAACAUCAUUGGAUGUGACGAUCGAAUUGCGUCAUCGGCCUUCAAGAGGGGCUUGCCAAUUGAGUGUAAGCUGUGUCGCGAGCUGACCAUCUCUUCUUGCCAAACACUAGUAGAAGUCUUCGCGACAGUAGAGCGCUAUGCACUUUGGGACGAUGACCGGAUCGCCGCAAAGAAAGCUGCCAAGCAAGCCGAUCAACCGGUUGAGCCGGCAAGCCAAAGAAAUGGCAUGAUAAAAGACAAGGAUGGGGGCAAGCACGAAUUAUAG